AUGACAUCGACGGCAUUGAUUUUAGAUUCCAGUGCCUUUUCAUAUUUUCAGGCCAAGAAAAAGAACGGCGAAGCCAGAACUGCUAACAAAUACUCUCACAUCGAGGAAGACAACGAGGAGACCGUACCAGAGCCCCAGCCAACCCGGAGGAAUCUCGCACCAGCGCAGAGUGAUAGACGAGCGUCGCAACCCAAUCAGCGACCUCAACAACAACAAACCCAAAUAAGAACCCAAGCUGAAAUUAAUCCACCACCACAACCCAGACAACAACCCCCAUUGAAGCAACAGCCCCAAUCGGGUCAACAGCCCCAAUCGAGGCAACAGCCCCAAUCGAGUCAACAGCCCCAAUCGAGGCAACAGCCCCAAUCGAGACAACAGCCCUCAACUAGCCUACAACCUCAACAGAGACAGCUGCCUAAUAAGCAACAAUUGCAAUCGCAACAACAGCCGCAAUCUAAACAACAACCGCAGAUAAAACAACAACCCGGACCCAAACAACAAUCUCAACCCAAACAACAACCUCAACCCAAACAACAACCUCAACCCAAACAACUGCAACCGCAGCAAAAACAAGCACAACCUAAACCACAACCACAAUCAAAGAAACAGGAAGCUCAGCAACACGAGCCUUUCCGCAGGACAUCGGAGUGGGACGUCAUUACGACGGAUAGUGGAGAGAUAAUUCCAACAUUUCAAGGUGAGCCGAGGCCUCCUCAACCUCCUCAACCGCAUAGAGAACCACGACGACUUCCAAAAACCGAUCAAAGGCCUCAUAGGGAGCCUCGUAGGUUGCCUGAGCCACGUCGUUUGCCACAGGCAAGGGGAUCUCAAGAUCCACAGGAUAUAUUCGAAAGAGUUACACAACGCGCACCCCAGCAUCCUCAGAGGUCAGUGCGGAAACCACCUUUAGAAACUCCAAGAGGUCCGCAAAAAUAUAAGCAAGGAUUGCAAGUGCAAGGAGAGCCUCAAAGGCAAGGCCGUGUGAUUCCACAAAUACCUCAGAAAGGUUCCUUCAGGGAGAUACAACUCUCUGUCCCCAACACGCCCUACAGAAUGGCUCAAAGGGAAACGCAAAGCGCCCAAGGCACACCGCUUCGGAGAUCACUUGGUGAUAUUCAAAGGAAUACAAUAGAGCCACAAAGGACGAGAAGUGAGUCGCAGCAUCAUGUGGUCCCUCAAUUGAUGCCACAAAGAGAGCCACUUAGGCCCCAGACAUCGGCCCAAGCUCAGGCACAGGCAUCGGCUCAAACUCUGCCACAGACAUCGGCCCAAAGUCAGGCACAGGCAUCGGCUCAAAGUCUACCACAGGCAUCGACCCAAAGUCAGCCACAGGCAUCGGCCCAAGCGUCAACAUCAGCGCAAUCGCAACCCCAAAGAUCCACUCUGGCUCAAGCACACACAUCACUACCGCAGAUUCUGGCGCCUCCAAAGACUCCGACCCAACCGCAAAUACAAUUGAUUGUGCCACAUCAAAUGCCUACUCUACUACCGCUAGCACCAUCACAGCCACCUAAUCCAUUACCACUACUGUCACAGCUGGAGGCAGAGCCUGAAGCCUCAACCAGCGAACCAGUGAAGGAAGCUUCAGGACCAUUUGCGGCACUCGCUCGCAGUAUACCAAAUGCAGCGGCAAUGUUGAGCAAGAUGAAGAACACAGCUUUGAGUCUCACUAUUGGCUGCAAUAAUAACAACUUGAACAACCAGCCUCUAGAGUACAACCCGAUUAUGCAGUAUAUCGAGGUUCAAGAGGAAGUUUGCAACGCUGGUCCUGGCCUCAUUUGGCGCGUACACGACGGUCUUCGCAAAGCAGACGGAAAGGAAUGUUCCGUCUUCAUGUUUGACAAGCGCGUAGUCGACAAGCUGUACAGACCCAAGCGCAAAGAGUUGAUGCUGGACCGACUCAAGGCCUGCGUCAUGGAACUGGACAAGAUGCGCCACCCGCGAAUGCUGCAGAUCCUGCACCCAUUAGAGGAAAGCCCCAACACGAUCGCGUUCGCUUGCGAGAGGAUCUACGCCAGCCUUCACAACAUCCUGGCUUGGCAUGAGUCCGAACCAAUCCCACCAGAGGGUCCUUUCCCGGUGAUCCCCAACCCACACAACCUGGGGCCACCCACGGUGCAGCCGAUGCCCACCAGCAGCACCACGCGCCCGCCAUUUGCGAGGGAAUACCACUUCCUGGACUUGGAGAUUCGCCAUGGAUUCCAUCAGAUUUCUGAAGCACUUCAGUACAUGCACUUGACAUUGAAGAUGAUGCAUCGCAACGUAUGUCCCAACAACGUGCUGAUAACUAAGCGUGGCGUGUGGAAACUUUUCGGCCUCGAGUUCGCUGAGCCGAUCCCCAGCGAUGAUCCCCUGGACUUCUUGAGCGUCCCACAGUGGUCCUGCAAGGUGGCUAGGAUCUGCCAGCCGCAUCUCGACUAUAUGGCCCCCGAAACCCAAAUGAGAGGCCACGCAAGCACACUUGCGGACAUGUAUGCGUUGGGGAUGAUCCUCGCUGCCAUCUUUAAUCAGGGACGACCCUUGAUCAACACUAACUUCAACCCGAUGCUGUACGUGAAGCAGAUGGAACAGCUGGACCGCAACGUGGCGGCGCUGGUCAGCCGUGCUCCGGACUGCCUGCAUGAGGCGCUUCCACGUCUUCUGGACCGCGAUCCCCAGAACCGCCCCACCACACAGCUGAUGCCUCUGAUCACCUACUUUCGAUGUGCCAAUGAGCCCCCGAUACAAGCGUUGGAAGCACUCGAUGCAGCGCUGUAUAAGGAUCCAAAGUCCAGGUGCGAAUACUACAUGGACCAGCUAAUAACUUCACUACCAUUCAUACCAAAGAAACUUCGAUGGCAAAAUGUAUGGCCUGUACUACAGUCUGAGUUUAAAAUGUCGGAAAUGAUCCCAUCUGUAUUGCGACCCGUGUUUUGGCUCAUAAACGAAUCAACACCUGAGGAAUUCGCUACGACGAUUUAUCCAACACUGAGGAAAGUGAUAUACUCAGCUAGGGGAGUUCCGAUCACAGUAGUUCUAUUGGAAAAUCUCCACAUAAUGACAAAGAAAUGUAGCAGUGAAGUAGCUCUGGGUGAUUUACUACCAAUGCUCUUGUACUCGUUGGACUGCAACCUCUAUCAGACGCAGAUAGCUGCAUUGAUUGCAUUACAAAACGUGUCAGACAUCAUCCCUGACAAUAUUCUGCACGAAUCUGUACUUGCAAAGGUGAAAAAUCUACUCGAGAAAAAUGUGAAUGAUAUCAAGAUAAUCAAUCUCGUACUCGGAGUCUUUGAAAAAAUACUUCCCCGAAUGAACAAUCCGAGUAUUGUUAACUUCGUUCUGCCCACGAUGCUAACGAUGAGGCUCACUAACCCAGACGUGAUCAACCGUGUAGUCAGGCUCUAUAGGGAAAUUCUCACCGAAGAGCAAUUUGGUCUCUCAUGCAACGUUAUGGCCAGCGAGUUGAUACCAUCAUUGGUGCCGCAAACUGUCAACACAAAUUUGAAUGUUGACCAAUUCAAUAACCUCAUUGAGAUUCUAUAUGAUAUGCUGGAAAAUAUUGAGAUAUACCAGCGACAAAGACUCAAGGCGGAAGGUGCGUCAGCUCCGGGUAGCAACCGCCGCAUGAUCCGUCAACAGAGGAGUACUGAAAAUGUGCCCGCGCCACCUUUCAACAUCCCCAACUUGCGCGUAGAACAACGAAAGACUUCGAGCGCAGAGGAUAUGGCACGAAGGCACUCGGCUGCUACAGCCUCUCAGCCGCCUAGCGCUUCAGGCAGCGUGAGCGCGAUAAGGAGACUCGGGCAAUGGAUAUUCGGAUCAAAUAAUUCCACUAGCAACGACGGUAACUUCUUGCGCGUAGCGAGUAUUUUACCAAACCGACGUUUAUCUGAUAAUACUUUAAUGACACCAAAGAUACGUAUUGCACCAUCUUGCGCUUCCUCCCCUGGUGGAACCCCUGGAGGAACAGCCGGCCUGCCGAGCCGCCGACAUUCCAGUAUAGGACCCCAAGAACGUCGGUUAUCCACAGCAAAUCUUUCGCCGCCAACCCAUACCCGCCAGUCAAGAGGGCGAGGUUCAGGUUCAAGCCUGUCUGUACCUUCGACUUCAAGAGUUGGCGGUGGAUCGAUGCCGAAUACGUCGUCAAGUGUCCCAUUUCUGGCGGCGACGAUUGGCUCGCGCCGAACGUCAGCGCAGGGAGGCUCCCAAGGCUCCGGCCUCCUCUCCCACGUGGUAAGAUACUUUCCCCAGGGCUCCACUGCUAGUAGCCCCCGGCGCACCCGCAGCCGUUGGUACCAAAACACCUCUAGGAGCACCACCAGAGUAGUCCGCGACACGACCGAGCUAAUUGUCAGGAAGUGUCCGUCUCUCAACAUGUACUUCUUACGUUACUAUUCGUAA